AUGGCUCUCAAGAGGGAGCCUGUUGAUACCAUAACUGUCAGUGACUCUACUUAUUUACGUGGAAGAAGUCUGUUCUGUGAAGAUGAAAAGCUCAGGCUGUACUCUAAAGAGAGGUUUUCACUGCUGCUUCUUAACCUGGAGGAAUAUUAUUUUGAACAGCACACAGCAAAUCAUAUUAUAAAUAAAGGUUGCAGAGAUGAAAGAAAAUUUAGAGGCUCUCUAAAAAUCUGUUCAAAAUCAAUCAUUUUUGAACCUGAUGACAAUAUCCAACCCAUUAUCAAGAUACCAUUGAGAGACUGCAUUAGUAUAAAAGCCCCAGAAGACAAUGAAGCAAAUAACCCUUUCAGACGGGAUACAUCUGGAGGGAUUUCUGUUGUAUGCAGUCAGGUUUUUCUCAUUAAAGAAAGAAAUGUUAUUACGCCCUAUAAAACAGUAAGAGGUAGAACAGAACAUUUAUUCCAACUGGAUGUUGCUGGGAAACUAGGAGAUGUCGUGCAAACUCUGCAUCAGCUUUACAGGGCCUCUUGUCUAGAUAAGAUGGGAGAUCAAGCUGCCAUGAUAACUGCUAUAUUGCAGUCACGCUUGGCUAGAACAUCCUUUGAUAAAAACAGAUUUCAAAGCAUUUCUGAAACGCUGCACAUGGAGUGUAAAGCAGAAAUGGUGACACCACUGGUGACUAAUCCAGGGCACGUGUGUGUUACUGAUGCGAACUUGUACUUCCAGCCUCUUAAUGGAUAUCCUAAACCAGUAGUACAAAUAACACUGCAAAACGUGCGUCGCAUCUAUAAAAGACGACAUGGCCUAAUGCCACUGGGACUUGAAGUAUUUUGCACAGAAAAUGACCUAUGUUCUGACAUCUACUUGAAAUUCUACAACUAUCAAGAUCGAGAUGAGCUCUAUUUCCUUAUCGCAACAUAUAUAGAAAAUCAUAUAACAGAGCAUACAGCAGAAAGUUAUAUGUUGCAAUGGCAGCGAGGACAUAUAUCAAACUACCAGUAUCUUCUUCAUCUCAACAAUCUUGCUGACAGGAGCUGCAACGAUCUCUCCCAGUAUCCUGUAUUUCCAUGGAUCAUAGCAGACUACUCUAGUUCAGUAUUAGAUCUGACAAAGCCUGAAACAUUUCGUGACCUUAGUAAACCAAUUGGUGCCCUGAAUAAGGAAAGGCUGGAUAGGUUAUUGACACGUUAUCAGGAAAUGCCAGAGCCUAAGUUCAUGUAUGGGAGUCAUUACUCAUCACCGGGUUAUGUUUUGUUUUAUCUCGUCAGAGUUGCUCCAGAAUACAUGCUCUGUCUGCAGAACGGGAAGUUUGACCAUGCUGACAGAAUGUUCAACAGUCUUGCAGAAACUUGGAAGAACUGUUUGGAUGGUGCAACAGAUUUCAAAGAGUUGAUUCCAGAAUUUUAUGAAAAUGAUUCUAGUUUUCUAGUAAACAGUUUAAAGUUGGACUUGGGAAAAAGGCAGGGUGGAAAGAUGGUUGAAGAUGUAGAGCUUCCCCCUUGGGCGUCAGGUCCCAAUGACUUUCUUCAGAAGAGCCAAGAGGCUUUAGAAAGUCAAUAUGUAUCAGAACAUCUUCAUGAAUGGAUUGACAUAAUAUUUGGUUACAAGCAGAAAGGAAGUGAAGCAGUUGCAGCUCACAAUGUGUUUCAUCCAUUAACUUAUGAAGGAGGAGUGGAUUUAAACAG